AGGCAAUCAUACAACAACACAAUGUUUCGCUGAUUGUACCAUCCGCUUUGACCAACAUAAAUUUAGCAAUAUGCUGGGUCCAUCCAUCGGUUGUCUUCUUGCUGUUCUCACUGUGUACUGCUUAAAGGUACGAGGAGCAGUCGUAAAACCAUCAGAACAGUGGGAAGAGGGAUGUGGAAUUAGUAAGUACCCGGAUGCAGGGAAUGUCCCGGAUGUGGGCGGAUAUGUAAUGGGCGGAGUCCCAUCAAGACGGGGAGAAUUCCCAUGGCAGGUGAUGAUGGCGAAAUCGGGUAGAUUUCUUUGUGGAGGAUUUCUCAUAACCAACCAAUGGGUUGUGUCGGCCAUGCAUUGCCUCUCUAAUCCUGCAGAUACGCAUGAGGACUACGAGCUAUGGGUUGGAAAACAUACCUGGAACGAUCAAAAUGAUGGAGUAAUGCUAAAGCCUACUAUUAUAGUGAAACACCCAGAUUAUGACUCACAGACAUAUGAAGCCGAUAUUAUGAUGUUUAAAUUGCCAUAUGCCCUAAACUAUACCGAUGACAUUCGUCCAGUGUGCAUGCCCGAAGUGGGAAAUCUAUACGUCGGGCAACAGUCUAUUGUGGCUGGUUGGGGGACGUUCUGUUCCGAUUGCAGCUACCCAGAUAACAUCCACCAUGUUAACUUACCUAUUAUCUCAAAUAACGAUUGUGUGUUUAUGUUGCUUGAAAAUGGAAGGUCCGAUAUAAUCUUCGACAGUAACAUAUGCCAUGAGACACCAAUGAAGGAUACUGGUUAUGGUGAUUCCGGUGGAGCGUUCCUACACAAGGGCGCUAAUGGUAUUUUCCGCGCUAUAGGUGUCGUAUCCUGGGGAUACGACCCUGCUGGCGACCCUGCCUUACCGGGCAUAGGACAGAGGGUGACAUCAUUCGUCCCAUGGAUAAACGCUGUUAUGCUCAACAACUAGGAGCUGGUAUAUCCAUGGCCUUGUACACGUACCUCGAAUAUAUACCCGUUUGUCUUUAAAUCUAAAUCUAGUUAAUCCUCAAAAUGUGAAAAUGAUCUUUCGGUUAUAAAGUAUCAGAGAGGAAUGUAUCUCUCUAAUUUCACUGCAAUAAUAAACGACUUGUUUUGUGUGGCUUUACCGUGCAACAAUUAAAGAAAUGAAAAUAAAACGUCGGUGUCUUGACUGUUACUGAGCACACUUGGCUAAAGCCAGCUGAAGCAACGUUUCCUAAGACAAGUAGUGGUUUUCUCAAAGGACCACAAAAAGUAUCGCUGCAUUUCAGGUAAAACAUGUUGGUGCACCUUCCCUGUCUGAAACUCCAAAUUAUUUCAUUUCUUGGAGGUAAUUCAUUGGCCUGCCAUAAUGUACCCGUUUAAAUUUUCAGAAAAAAGCCAUAAUCCAACAUAUGAUUGUCUGGAAUCUAUAUAUUUUCCGUGGUCCUUUCCAGCCGCUGCGGCAGGAUUUUGAAAAAAAAAUUGCACUAAAUUUUUUGCACUAAUUCCUUUCUCACGUGACAUAUAUUUCAACUCUGGGAAACAUUUGUAAGUACCAGUUGCUGAAUUUGAUUAAUACUGACACUUGGACAAAAUAAAAACAAGGAAAUGACAUUUCAGA